UUUUUUUUUUUGUUGUUCUGCUUGUCUUGUGAAGUUUAUGAUUGAGAAAGGCGAUUAUUCCAUCUUGUAUAAAAAGAAAAAUAAUAUCAAUCAUGCAUCCGUUGAUUCGUUGAAAGAACUGAAUCCCAAGCUCUUAGCUGAAAUUGCUGAACUUAGGGAGCAAAAUGCAAAGCUAAGAGCCAAACUUAAGAGCAUAACCAAGAAAAAGAGCAGAUACUGCUGCUGAGAAUUCUGAGCUCAAGAUUGAGGCAUGAUAUUGAUGAAAUUAAACAAAAAACCUAGUGCGAAGAGGCAAAAGGGUUAUCAGGCAGAGGGAGCGAAAGAAA